UCCUAACAAGACUCAGAACAGCACUACGAAACCUCGACGAGUCAGUAUCCAGCAGCACAUCACAAGUUUGAUCUUAUGAGACCAUCGCGUUCCGACUUCUUCACGGCCACAAGAUUAAGCAAAGGUGCGGAAGGUGUGACAAAGUCGAACGUGGCGAUCGCGUACGGGUGGAAAUGCCAGCAGUGAGGAAGAUCGCGACAUGCUGAGAGACUUUACAUUUGAGGAGGUGCCUGAGGCCGCGUGGUUCGCUUUUAAAUGUUGGGAAAUCAGCGCUACGUUGGGGAGGAGGCACUGCAAAUCGCACCUUCAGGAGUUUACUGUGGAUGACCGGGGUCAUUCGGCUACGUUCAUUUAUUUUCAGGGCUUUCCCAUUUCACUUGGCCAUACACUGAGGCAUCUAAUGGCCUCCAGCUCAGGGCUGUCCAUGUGAGAAGUGAAUCUGAGAAGAGAAGGGCAGACACUUGAGAGAGAAGAGUUUGCCACAGAGCAUGGCCUCUGCCAAAGAAGAUAGUGCUGAUGAAAGAAUGGUGGACAUUAAAGAAGACAAGUGUGAGUGGCUCACACCAGAGGAUGUGCGUGUGAAGCUGGAGGAUCACGAAGAAAGAUUUUCAGUUUUUAAAGAGGAGGAGAAGUGCAAGGAGUUGACUGCUGCCAUUAAAGCUGAGGAUUUGAAUGACUUCUCCAUUGGUCUUGAACUUCAAAAGUAUGAAACUGAGGAUAUUUUCAAGCAAGAGGCCUGUGAAGAAUCUCCAUCCAGUUUACAGCCCUGGUCCACUAAUAUGGGACGACUGGCAAUGAAGGAGAAUUCUGCAGAGCUGAAAUCAGAGUUAUCAGAGUCUGAAGAGAAAAUCACCAAGGAAAAUGGGAGAGAAAGAGAAGAGUCAACUGGGAGUGUUGGAAUAAAUUUACAAAAGAAUGGCAGCUUCUCUCCACCUGCAUUUGGUCAGCCAUCUCCUCAAUACAAAAAGAAAGGAAUGAAGAAAUCAGCAAGAGGAUCAGAGAACCUGACAGCAGCCUUUUUACAGUACAGUUCUCUCCCUGCUACUAGAGCAACACAGACAGAAGCCAUCCAAACUGAUAGACAAGUGGAGAAAGAAAUCCAAAUUCAUACUGGAAAAAAAUGUGUGGAAUGUGGCAAACAAUUCACAUACAAAAGUGAUCUUAAUGAGCAUAUGAAGAUUCACACAGGAGAAAAAAUAUAUUGUUGUCAUGAAUGCGGUAAGUCCUUCUCAAGGAGAAGCCAUCUUCAUGACCACAGAAGUAUCCACACAGGAGAAAAACCUCAUUGCUGUUCAGAAUGUGGUAAGUCAUUCUCAUGUAGAAGCCAUCUUUAGAGGCACAGAAGAAUCCACAUAGGAGACAAACCUCAUUGUUGUCCAGUUUGUGGUAAGUCGUUCUCAUGGAGAAAUGAUCUUCAGAACCACAGAAGAAUCCACACAGGAGAUAAACCUCAUUGUUGUCCAGAAUGUGGCACGUUGUUCUCAAGCAGAAGCCAUCUUCAGAGGCACAUAAGAAUCCACACAGGAGAAAAGCCUCAUUGUUGUCCAGAAUGUGGUAAGUCAUUCUCAUGUAUAAGCUAUCUUCACACGCACAUAAGAAUCCACACAGGAGAAAAACCUCAUUGUUGUCCAGAAUGUAGUAAGUCGUUCUCAAUGAGAUGCAAUCUUCAGAAACACAUAAAAAUCCACACAGGUUAAAAACCUCAUUGCUGUUCAGAAUGUGCCGAACAAUUUUCUGACGAAUGCAAUUUUCAAACACACGCAGACAUUUAUACUGGACAGAAGCCAUAUUGCUGUUCACAAUGUGGAGAAAAGUUUUAAACAUUAGCUCUUUUCAAGUAAACACACAAACUCCCACUACAGCAAAAAUGCAGUAUGUAUGUUUUGAAUAUGGGAAAUGUUAUACAAGCCAGAAAGGUCUUUAUCCACAUGCCAUAAUCCAUACUGAAUACAAAUCUAAUUUAUGUUCUGAAUGUGAGAAAUGAUUGAUAUUUUUAAGCAUACUUCAGUGCCACAUCAGAACUCAUACUGGAGAGAAACCUUAUUGUUGUCCUGAAUGUGAUAAGCAGUUCUCACAACAAAGCACCAUAAAGAGUCACAUCAGACUUCACACCGUAGUGAAACCUCACCUUUGCUUGGAAUGUGGCAAACAAUUUUCACGCCUCAGUCAUCUUUAUAAUUUAUGAAGAAGUCAUACUGGAGAGAAGCCUUACAGUUGUACUGAAUGUGGAAUGUGAUUCUUCUAUAAUAAUUUUCUUCACAAUCAUAAAAUAAUUAAUUCUGGUAAGAAACAAGGCUGUUGUGACUUAUCUGAGUAGCAAUGAACUUGUACUGUCUCUGGGAUGUCAUCUGAUGGCUGAUGCCUGGGCUGAGUGCAGACAGCCGUUCUUAACCCUGAUAAUGAAGAAGUCAUUUAGUUACGUCAGCUGACAGCCAAUGCUGUCCAAUCAGAUACUGGGGAGGGACAGUCGAGAAGGACAGGAGACUAAAAAGAGAGUCGUCGCAUGACAGACCAAUGCAGAGAGGCUUUAUUAGACUUUUACACUAAUUUAAGGUUAACAUUUAUAAACGAAAAGUGUCUUUACAAACCAAACACAUUCAUCAGCUGUGUGUUAAAGGUGAGUCCAAAAGUGGGAAUUUAAGAAGAUCAAAAUACAAAUAAAAUGAAACAUUCAGGGUUCAAAGAGAAAUGCAUAAGACGGGAAGAGGGAUUCACAACAGCAUGCUAGGGUUAGCACGGGGGACCACAGUUGUGACGAAUAUCAAUUAAUGUAUAGAAGGAAUAUUAUUUAUAAUAAUAAUUUCAUGAGAAAUGGGACAUUAUAAUGUAUGCAGAACCCAAUGAAAAUGAAAUGAACUGAUUUUAUUGUCAUAAAAUAGAAAAAAUGAAGAGAAAGCAGAAAACACACAGGGAUCUCUGCUGAAUGAGCUGAUCAUUUUAUAAAUUAACCGAAAAAUAUACGGGAUAUUACUUUGCUACAUGUCAGUAUAUACUGGGGUGCUGUGUGAAGGACGUUUUAUACUCCAAAUGUGUUGGUUCAGGUUUCAGUUUGAGGACAUCACAGAAAAGGCAAACACUAACUGAAGACAACAGAAAAAAGCUGAUUGGUGGAAAGAACUGUCAGUCACUCCUGAGUGGACUGUUGAGGACAGCCGUGGCAUGCAGACUUCAGAGUUCAUGUGUUUUUAAUUUCAAAUCUGUGAUCAUGCACUGAAUAAGUCUGUUAUUUAUCAGUUAGCAUGUUCUGAAACUGUAAUGUCAUCACAAAGAUCACACAAACACGUAAUGUGGUAUUUGUGAUCAAUCACUUUUGUUGAUUUUUAUAGCACCAUUCAUCAGCCCUGUAUAGAGUCCCACUUCCAGAUCGGCAACCCCACUGCACCCCGUAUCACAUUUGGAGUUUGGGACUGGAGCACAAAGUGGAUGGCACUCUGAGAAGGACAGACUUGUAAUACGUGAACAAAGCCAGCUGCCCUCCCUGGUCUGUCUUCAUUCAGAAGGACUCACCUGAGUGGUGGGAUUGUUCUGCGGCGCUCCUGUUAGCUGGCAUUUCAUCAGCUUGCUUUCUGCGUUUCAUCAGAUAAACAGAAGAGUUAAUCAAAGAUGAGCCAGGCCUGUUACAAUGUGAACGUUCUUGACAUUUUGUUUUACUUUAAAUAUUUUUUCUACUUCUUUACUUUGAGUUCUUGGAGGCCUUGUACAUUAGAGAUUAUUAAUACAUGAGCAUUUGGUGUUAAUAAUGAAUUGACAAUUAAUAAACUG